GUAGGGAGGUGUGUCUGUCUGACACCAGACAGGUGUAACAUGGAGGCAGGGGAGGGUCACUGACUGAGGCUCAGGGUUACUUGGGCUGGAGCUGUGGGUUUGUGUUGUUCUGUGAGGAAAGGACAAACUGUAUAUACAGUCCCAGGAAGUGAAAUAGAGGAGCCGCAGGGGAUUGUGGGAGAGGGCGUGCCCAGGAGAGGGCGGUUGCCAAGCGACGGGCUCAGUGACAGGAAGUGGAACUAAUGAGCAGCUUCAAGAUAAGCCUAAAAUAAUUUUGCUGUGGGUCCCAAUCACUGUUAUAUCUGAGCCUUCCCACAGGCCACACCCCGGCCCCAGCAUCCCUUCUUUUUUUUUUUCUCCUCCGUUGCUAUAGCAACUGCUCUUCUAUUCCCUGGCGAAUGCCGCGCCUCUAACCCUCCCCAGUGGGCGUGUCCCAGAAACCCCAUUCACAGUUCCGCCCACUCCUUAGCAGUGUCCCUAUCCGCUCCCUGCGACCAGUAGGCGUGUUGCUCCCCUCUCACUGUUCCCCCAUCAUAGUGGGCGUGGCUUCCAGUCCCGCCUUCCAGCGGGCGUGUCUUAGAGACUGGUGUCAUGGAUGCGCUGAGAUCUGCCGGGAGAGCGAUCCUGAGGAGCCCGAGUAUCGCCCGACACAACCGGCGUCUCCCGCGGCACCAAAAGCUCCCAGAGAACUGGACGGACAGCAAGGAGACCCUCUUGGAGGGGGUGGUCUUCCAUCUGAAGUACCUGGGCAUGACUCUGGUGGAGAAACCCAAAGGAGAAGACAUGGCAGCGGCAGCUAUCCGCCGGAUCAUUGUCAUGGCCCGCAGCAGUGCCAAGAAACUCCAGAAGGUCAUUGUGACUGUGACUCCCGGUGGGAUCUCCCUACAAGAUUCAGAGACCAGUCAGCUGAUAGACAACGUGUCCAUAUACAGAAUCUCCUACUGUAGCACGGAUAAGGUGCAAGACAAGGUGUUUGCCUACGUAGCCCAGAAUCAGGCCAGUGAGUCACUGGAGUGCCACGCCUUCCUUUGCCCAAAGAAGAAGUUGGCACAGGCAGUGACUCUCACUGUGGCUCAGGCAUUUAAAGUGGCUCUGGACUUGUGGGAAUCUGCCCAGGAAAGAAAGGAGCAUCCCUCCCCAUGUCGUGUGUCAGAGACAACUGCGCUACCCAACACCCCCGGGGCACAGGCAGGUGGGGCAAAUGGCAGUUUUUGCUCCUCAGUCUCCUCACACACGUGGGAUGGGCACCUUCAGCCAAUGGAAUCCAAGGAGGAGGAAGAUGAGGAUGAUCUUAUUGCUUUGGAUGAAGCCUUCUCCAGCCUGGAGGAGGAUGGUGCCAACACAAAGGACUGGCUCCACGCGCAGUGACAUUGGGCCUCUGUUGGGGACGUACCUGGUGGGGGGAGAUGGUUCCCAGCCCAGGGCAGGUUCAGCAAGGAAUUUACUUGAAUUAAAUCUGGUAGCUAUUAAUGUGGUACCUUGUCCAAUCUGAUGUCUCCUCCCAGUGAAUCGUUGUGUGUCAGUUCAGCUUUUGGUUGGCUCCUGGUGUCCUUUUUUACGUUGCAAUUGAGAGAGCAGAGCUUUCACCUCCCGACCCUCCAAGGCUACAUGGGGAAUAUCAGUAAUAUUUUAUGUCCCUCUUCCAUAUCUCACAGUGUGACUCUUUGCUCUCUCUCUUCCUCCUGAGAGUUCAUAUGUGUUUGUGCCAGAGAACAGCAAGCUCCCAACCCAAGUUGUGUCUAUUGUGUCAUUCACUAAUUCAGUCUGUCCUUUGCCUUCAUCAACCACAUUUUAAUUCAGUGGAGACGAGCUCUCAUCUACUGACAUUAGACUUCUCAGCUCUGUGUUGGAGACCUCACUAGAGCACAUGCCUCCUGACCUGGAACACAGCUCUCAUCUACUGAUGUUAAGACUUCUCAGCCCCGUGUUGGAGACCUCACUAGGGCACAUGACUUCUGGCUUUAUCACCUACUCAUCUACUAAUGUUCAGCUCCUCAGCUGUGUGCUGGAGACCUCAUUCACAACUCCCUGGUCUGGAAGGAGCUGUCAUCUGGUAUUUUGAGGCUGGAGUAAAGCCUUUGCCCAUCUCACACUCCUCUAACCUGGAGCAGAGCUCUCACUUCUGUCUCAGACUUAACUGAGCAGCAGGAACAUUAAUGCCUAAUCUCAGGCCCCUCUGCAGACUAUUGGUUUACUCAAGUGUCUCUGAACUUGGACAAAUUUCUCACUUUAGCCUCUAAUCACACCUCUAAUAUUGGGCUUCUCUGGGCUAGAGUAAAGCUCUUACUUGAUUAUAAUAUGCGUCCAUGGACUGCAAUAGGACUGGCAGCUGUCACCAUCUAAACACAGAUUACUGACCUUGCUCAGAACUUUCACCACUGCAGGCUUGUCUAAGUUGGGUGGAGCUCUCACCUUCUGCCUGUUGGCUCCAGUGGAACAGAGUGCUCACCUGGUAAAUUCAGUCUCCUUGGCACUGGUGUGAAGACCUCACUUCCAAAAUUCAGGCUCGUCUGGGCUUGAUUAGAUAUUCAACCUGUUCUAUCCAGUCUCCUCUUAGGUAGAGCAGAGCUUUCACCUUGCCUCAGGCCAUGGUGUCUUCAAGCUCCUCUGAAUGGAAAUAGUUGAUUCUUGUGGUUUGGAGGAUCUAGCCAUCAUACAGGCAGGACUUACAAAUAAGUUUACAUUUCUGGAAAGAGUUCCUCUUAAAAAUGAACUGAAUUGUGGGUGUUUUGUACCUUAGUUUGCCCCAUUCUCAGUUUACUCAGGGGGCACCUUUCAGACAAAAAGCUGUUUGUUGUAUCUGUGGUGGAUAUAGAAUAGGGGAAAGGACAUAUCUGUUCCAUAUUAACUUUGUGUUUGGGCAGGUUGGCCCAUUCUCUUCCUAGACUCAUCCACACUGUUUUCUGUAUAUGCAGAUUAUCUCUUUAGGUCUGGGCAUUCCAUAAACCAUUUAAUGCACUUGAUACAAACACACCCAUCCCCCCAGGUAUCCAAGGGUCCCCCUUUUCUGCAGUGGUGCUAUUGGUUUCUAUGUAGGAGACCUGACUUGUUUUAUACUGAUUGUAACCAUAUGCUGCUAAUUUUGCCAUAAAAGAUUUGUUCUCUA